AAAUAAAUAAUUUAAAGGAUGGAUUAUUUGUAAGGAAAAAUAUUGUGGAGUUAUAUUGGAGGCGAUGUGGAGUGUGGUGUUUAGGCGUCGGUCCGGCGCGUCGACGCACAGCGUCGCAGGCGCAAGCUCUCCGCCGGGCGGCGAAACGUUUUCAGUACCUCCAGAAGACGCUCGGCACGAAGAACAUAACACACGCACAUAUACACACACAAAAAUGGUGCGGCUAGUGCUCGUCGACGACGAUUAGCGUUCGUUUCAGUUAAAAGAUAACGACGUCGCGACGCCGAACCAAGGCGCAACAUCGGGUCCGGGAACGUCUUGACGCCGCGUUCGAAUACCAACGAGUUCUCGUAGUUUAGUACACGAAGGUCUGUCGGUUGAUCAGUCGCGAGGAAAGGGUUAGGGGAGGCGAUAAAAAGAGAGAGAGAGAGAGAGAGAAAGAGAAGAGAGCUAGAGAGGGUGUUGUAAAAAAUCGCGUAAACGCGUAAAAGGGUUAAGCGUGUAAAUAACGUGUGAUGCGGAGGGCGAUGAUGCGAGAGUUGAUGGGACUGCAGUGCGCAGAGUGUUGAAAAUCAAUCGCAGGUGGACGGCCGUUUGGUAAUGGGACAGGGUCGGUCUUCAGUCGCCGAACGGUGACCCUGAGGAAUGUUCAUCCCCGACACCCUUCGUAGCUGCAUGGUGGAGCCCGAUGUGUCGUCGUACCUUCAAACCCCGUCCACAGGACAGGACGAAUUUCACCCGUUCAUUGAGGCCCUACUGCCUUUUGUAAAGUCUUUUUCUUACACAUGGUUCAACCUGCAGGCAGCGAAGCGAAAGUAUUACAAAAAACAUGAAAAGCGGAUGUCGCUAGAGGAGGAGCGCCAGUGCAAGGAGGCUUUGCAGAAUGAGAGCGCCGAGGUGAAGCAGAAAUGGGCUUCUAGGCUGUUGGGGAAGCUGAGGAAGGACAUCACCCAGGAGUGUAGGGAGGACUUCGUCCUGAGCAUCACCGGGAAAAGGCCAGCCGUCUGCGUCCUGUCCAAUCCUGACCAAAAGGGGAAGAUGAGGAGGAUCGAUUGUUUGAGACAAGCCGACAAAGUUUGGAGGCUAGAUCUUGUCAUGGUAAUCCUCUUCAAGGCUAUCCCUUUGGAAAGCACCGACGGGGAACGAUUGGAGAAGAACCCCGAUUGUUCCCAACCGGGGCUUUGCGUCAAUCCCUACCAUAUCAACGUUUCUGUUAGAGAAUUGGAUCUUUACUUAGCCAAUUUCAUCAAUAGUCACGAGAUACUAAGUGGGGUGUGUUACAACAACAACAAUAAAAAGGAGGAUGAGAGGAAGACUAAGGUUACAGGAUAUACGCACAACCCGUACAACGGAGUGAUAUGUAACGAUAUAAUUCUAGCAACUGGGGUCUUUUCGUCGAAGGAACUCUGGAAGCUCUCGAAAUCGUCGAUUCUACACGAGUUAACGGAUCCACAACCGACCAUCAACAGCGUGAAGGUUGAACAUCCGGCUUAUUAUUGCAAUAGUUACGCUGAACAGGGUCCCGUUGUUGGAGAUAGAGCCGGAUCAGUUGAUCCAAUGGUAGUUUCGGCAGCCUAUUCGAUGCCACAAAAUACAACGUUGGUUUCGUCGAGUUCACAAUCGGCGAGUCCGAGCACGUUAUUUUAUCAGCACAGUCCUGACACGCAUCAACAUCAACAUCAAAAUCAAGUCAAGUAUCCGGAGAAUGGUCACGACUCCCUCUCGGACUUCGUGUCCUUCGUUUGCCAGGAGACGGACAACACCUCGCAAACGGCGCAGAUGCAAACAAAUAUUUCAAGAAGUCCAAAGCCGCAGUACUUUCCGUCGACGAUGCUACCGCCACCGCCGCUGCCACCGAUGGCGCGACCCGUGGCUAUUAUCAGGUCAACGGGAGAUGUUACGAUGGGGGGAACAAAUUCACCUCCGGCGAGUGUAACACCUCCCGGAAGUGAAGCAUCGCCGGCGGACGAAGUGCCAGAGAUAAGUUCUUCGCCUCCUCUGAGUCCCGGUAGCCACGAAAGGAGGAAAUCGCCAUCGCAGAGGGGAGUGGCGCCAACCAGUAGUCCAUAUUCGCCGAGCCGGGAUUACUCGUCCUUCAAUCACUUCCACGGGCAGCCGGGACAUCUUUUCGGCUACCCGACGAUGGGCGCGAUGUCUGGCGUCAUCAGCCCUACCAACCUCAGUAUGUACUCGCCAGGGGUGACGACGUCCAGGGGUACGCCGCGUUCUAGCGCGAUAGCCCGAUGGAACGCGCCGCUUUUUGCGUUGGACCAAGAGGAUUUCGGGAUGAUCACGCAUCCGGUCGGCGGCGGAGGCGGUUCGGGUGGCGCUGCCGAACCCGGCGCCAUUAUCCUAAUGGAAGACGGCGCCGGGUCCGGCCCCGUUCCGGUUCCGGUGUCGGUACCUGAUCAUGUAUCCCAAUGUUGUACCAGUACAAACCUAAUCUGCGACGCCGACAGGUUCUUCCAGUCGACGGAUCCGUUGGAACACGCCCAGCGCGAUAACGAACAGUUAUCCACACCCAAGUCGCCUUGAAAGUUCUCGGACAACGACUCGACUGCCUUAUGAUCCUGCAGCUUCUUGCCGAUUUUACGUGUGACGGUUCCGUUGGGUUCUCCUUCGUUUCGUAGAGGCUGCUCAAGUAGCGCGUAGGCGUAACGUAGGUCUUAGUCAUAGACUCCGUGCCAAUCGAGGCUGUGCAAACGCUCCAGCCGCCAUCGGCGAGGUCGAAAUUGCGAUAAUCGACGCGCGUUCGAUGUACAUGUCGACUUCGAGACAGAGUCGGUCACGUAGUUUCAAUUCCGUUCCUAUGUUGGGUAGAUUAUCCAGCGGUGCUUGUCUUCCACGACUGCGCUUAUCGUCCGGCGGCGCCCCCUCGCGGCGUCCUCCGCUCGUACAAGCAAUGAGCUGGGUCUGUGCCUUAGUAUUACAAUAAUAUUGAUACCGUAGCUAUAGUUGUUAGAGACUUUCGUAUAUAUUGAGCUUGCUCACAGCGCGACGCCGGCUCAUGGAUACUCAUACGGGAUCCGCGGUAUCCUCGCCCGUGCCUUCUUCCUUUGCGAUCAACCCCGGCUCUCAACGAUCGGAUUACCCCAAAUUGUUGUUACGCACUUUUCAGUUUUUCGAAUCUUUAACGUUUUUCAGGUCAAAAUAACGUUAACUCUUUUCUAUCAUCGUGUAGGUUAUAUAUAAGGGCCGGUCGCUGAGAGUUGCGUGCGGAUCUGCGGGGAAGACUCCGUGAGGAUACUGCGGAGGGAGAAUUGUCAAACGCGCCGACGCGGCGCGCAAAAAUAUACAUAGCUAAUAUGUAUAUAACAUAUUUAUAUACGUAUCUACGAUAAGGAACGUGUAGGGGGGCGUCGGGCCGACCAUCCGUUCGUGGGACACAGCGGCGGAUGUUGGUCUCGGGUCGGCGCCCCCCGGCGCCCAAAAAUCUACUGUGAUUGAGUACCUUUAAAGCAGUUGAGAUGCAGCGAAAGGGCUGCGCGUCCGGUCACCGCGCGGCCUUCAGGUCAACCGCUCGUCUUACCUUCUUUAUCUUCUCACUUCUCUAGUCACGUGUCGACGGAGUGCCCCUGACUGAUAAAAAAUACCCACUCUGCUGAUCCAACUGUCCCGACUAACUCCUCGUACUGCUAUCGGGUCACUCCGGAGGUCAACGGUGUAACUCCGGCUGCUCUUCUGGUCCAUACCCCAUCCACGUACUUUUACUACUCUAGUGUACAUAACAUCCAAAACUUUGUUACUUUAACACGUACUUAUAGAAUCGGGUGAUAUUAUAACCAGUGCCAUAAUAUUGUUGACUCAAUUGUUGGACGUGUUUUCCACGUCGGUAGUGUUGGUUAUUAUUAUUACGGAUAUUGUAGAGAAAAAAAAGCUUAACAAGAGGCGAAUGUAUUACAUUACUUUAAGAUUAAAUCAGAGGGUUUAUUUAAUAGAA